AUUGCAUGCAGCAUCUUCAGAGAAUGGUUAAGCUUAGUGGUAAGAGCAUUGCAUUAACAACGAAAGGUUGUGGGUUCGAUCUCAGGUGAUUGCACAUACUUAUGUAUAAAUGUAUAGGAUAAUGCAAUGUAAUAUACUACUGUUUACUACUGAUUUGUUUUGAUUUUUGUAUAGGUACAUGAUGUGGGUCAGGGCGGUUUGGAAAGAGCCAAAUGGAGAGGAGGAGGGAGUCAUCCCCGAGGUUUGGGUGAAGGACAACAUGGUACACUGGCCACCAGGGGCUAAUGUAACUAAAGCAGCUAAAGAGAUGCGAACGCCAACAAGUAGCUGGAAAAUGUUUCCACUGCUGAAAAUCAAAUUCAAGUCAAAUAAUCAGGAAGAGUGUGAAGCCUUCGACCAAACAAGUACUGCAGAGAUCAGUGAGGAAGAAUGUGGUCCUGUCAAGAGGGUAUCAAAGAAAAAAAUAUACCCAGGGUUUAUUUUAGAUGAGGAUGAGCAUGAAAGCAGGACGAAGCGGAUCGGUCUGUCCUUUCCAAAACCACCAAGGAUUCAAGAAAUGUCUAGCCAGGCAUUAGGAUCAGAAGAAAAUGAUUAUAAAUCCAGGUCCAGGAGUCCAUUCCAUGACUCUCUGCUCCAAAGUUCUCGCUCUCUAACCCAGUGGUCCCACACUCCCAGCCACAGCACUGUACGCCAACAGUCCCACACUCCGCACCACAGCACUUCACACGAGAGGUCCCACACUCUGCGCCACACCACUUCACGCCACCGGUCCCAAUCUCCAACCCACAGCACCCCACGCCAGCGGUCCCGCACGCCACACCACACCACUUCAUGCCACCAGUACCAGUCUCCAACCCACAGCACCCCACGCCAGCGGUCCCGCACGCCACACCACACCACUUCAUGCCACCAGUACCAGUCUCCAACCCACAGCACCCCACGCCAGCGGUCCCGCACUCCACGCCACCGGUCCAAAUCUCCGACUCGCAGCACCCCACGCCAGUGGUCCCGCACUCCACGCCACAGCUAUUCACGCCCACGGGACAGCUCUCCACACCAGCGCUCCAGCUCUUCUUAUGAGUGCUCCCAAAGACCAGCUAGGGAAAACCAGCACAGAGAGGGUGGAGAGCUAUUCCCAUUAGAUAAUGGAAGUAAGUAUACCACCUCAUAUUCUUACUGA